GACCUAGAUUCUUCAAGUCAACAGUCGCUGAUUCUUUUUCUUGACUGCUAGUCGUGAAGUCUGUGUUAGUGCUGGAUCUAACAAGUACAAUAUUCGUGGGUUCUUUAUUGUUCAUUGCGCGCGUGCCAAGUAAGCCAGUGGUAAUUUCGACAAAAAUGUGUUCAGUUCUGGACUACUAAUAAUCAUAUUCGUUGAGGCUACCGGAAUGAUACGCUCGAGAUGGACAGAAAAUGUACCCAUACCAGGAACAAAUAUAUCAUGAUAAGUCUCAUACUUAUAUUAGGUGUUUCCGUAGUUCAAUCCUGUGCUACCGAUCAGGAAGUACGGGAUGAAAGUGUGUUAGAUCGAGAACUUAAGAACUAUGUAGAUCGGAUUUUUGCCGUAGAAAACUUUAUUAUCGUACCAGGAGUUAAAAUUGAAGAAAUCAACGAUAGAAACCAAAGUAUAGUCAACGUAACAAAUAUCUGUGAGAAUGGCAGGAGUGUGGAAAGUGUGGAGGACUAUGUUGGAAAGAAAAUCGAUCAGUUUGCUGGUAGUCACGUGCUAUCUGUUAAUUUUGAGGAGACUGCAAGAUUCCUGACAUCCACACCAACAACGGAAGUACCCGCUGGCGGAGACUCUGGAAAAAGUUCCUUCCUCACAGGAUUCGGUAUGGGAUUUCUUGCAUUUGGACUGAAAAAACUGUUACUUCCAUUUUUUAUUGGAGCCCAACUCCUGAAGAGCGUACUUAUUGCCAUGUUUCUUCCAUCAAUUUUGGGAGGGCUUGGAAAAUUUGUUGGAAAAGGGCUUUCUACUUUCAGUGGCAUAUCUGGAGCCUCUGCGGGGAAUAAUCAUAUGAAUCAAAUGGAGGAAUUCGAGUUCAAGGAUGUCGAGCCCUACAGCAACGACCCGAAUCUGGGAGAUGACUUUGGUCAAGGAGAAGCGUCGAACCAAUUGUCUAAUGUUGAUGUCAACUCGAUGGCAACAGCCAACAGCAGGUAAGAGCAAAACUAGGACACGAUGGACUUGGUAUACUGUUCAUAAUUGAAAGUGAACUUGUAAUCCCAAAGUAUACAUUUUAUCAAUAAAGUUUUUUACCCCCCCUCCCUGGCAUCAAACUGGAGUUUAUUUUGCCACAGACAUUUCGAAAUAAAUCGAGUUACUACAUUUUAUAUCAAUAUUUUAGAGUCAAUUAUGAAUGUUGGAAUUAUGUGGUAUAUUUUUUCGUUGAGUGUAACUAAAAGGACUGUUGUAUUGGUUUGUUACGGUUCGAAGUUGGAACAUGCGAAUAGGAUAUAUCAAUACAGUUCCUAAUAAUAACUUUCGUUUUUCUCGUCACUAGGUAUUGCGUUGACAUUUGAGAAAAACUCAAGGACCUGUCGAUUUUUCAUUCAAGAACGAUAAUCUUUCUCAAUAGUUUUCGUUAUUUUUACCAGUAUUUUUAACUCCAUUCUCAAGCUAGAGUGAUAGCUAUCCCAAAAUUCUCAGAUGCCACUGGUAUGCGACUAAAAUGGUUUUUGAAAGCUAUUGGUUUUUUUAACUUGUCGUAUAUUCUGGAAUUUCAGACAAAAAUUCCGUAAAAGAACUCGAGUUACUCAAGCACUCACUAGUUAGUUGAUAUAAUUUCAGAACUGAUAACCACUUGCACCAACAUAGUUGUCUUCGAAACGCUCUUACACA